CCUCCGGCAGGGCACCCACUACACUUUAGGUCCUGACAGCCUGAGGUCAGCUCCGGCUCCAGGACGCACUUCCGCCCUCACUCGGCUUGGCUGCCCCGCGCCUAAGCAAUUCGCGCCCUCGGACCAUGCCCGCGGGCGUGCCCAUGACCACUUACCUGAAAAUGUUCGCGGCUAGCCUCCUGGCCAUGUUCGCGGGGGCCGAAGUGGUGCACAGGUACUACCGGCCUGACCUGACCAUACCUGAUAUUCCACCAAAGCCUGGAGAACUCAAAACCGAGCUUUUGGGACUGAAAGAGAGAGAGCACAUUAAGCAUGAACCUCAAAUUUCUCAGCAAUAGAAAUUUCAAAAUACAACUGUGCUAAGAACUCUGAGAAUAAUGUCUUAAAUAUGUAUUUUUUUAAUUUAUUGAGUCAAACUACUUGUCCUUAAGUACCUACCAAUGCCAACUUCAGAAAGAGGUACUAUAUUAUCAGUAAAUAUUGACUGAUAUGGUGACAUUUUUAUAUUUGACCAGACUCUAUUGUAAACUGCCAAAGUAUACAUCAUCAGCUUCUUGAACAUGGUUUAGAAGAUACUGAGCCUUGAAUAUAAUUGUGCCUUAAUUAUAAUGGCAGGGUGUCCUGCCAUUAUAAUUCUGGUUUGUUUUUCUGAAUAAGCUUCACUGCAGUGGUAAAAUGGGAAAUAUAAAGUAAAUAUAAUAAAAGUGAUAUUGGCAAUGAA